CAGUCAGCUGAUUAGAGUUCCACCCAUUAUUUUUCAAGUCGCGGUCGCUCCAUUCACCGCCAGUAGCAGCACUGUAUGAGUUGUGGCUUUCGGAGUUGUCUUUCAAAGUUUCAAUCAAAAAAGGAUACGCCCGUGCAGAUAUUCAAAUAAAAAUAAUUCAAAAAUGACUUCAUUAAAAACAUUUGAGGAUGAAGACCAUGAAAGUGCAUAUGGGUUUGUGUUUGCUGUAUCUGGACCAGUUGUUACAGCUGAAAAGAUGUCUGGAUCAGCUAUGUACGAACUGGUUCGUGUAGGUUACUUUCAACUGGUUGGUGAAAUUAUUCGUUUAGAAGGUGAUAUGGCUACAAUUCAGGUUUACGAAGAUACGUCUGGCGUUACUGUUGGUGACCCGGUGUUAAGAACUGGAAAACCACUUUCUGUUGAAUUAGGACCUGGCAUAUUGGGAAGUAUAUUUGAUGGUAUUCAACGACCAUUAAAAGAUAUUAAUGAACUCACCCAAAACAUCUACAUUCCCAAGGGUGUUAAUAUACCUGCUUUAGGUCGUAGUGUUACUUGGGAUUACAACCCAUCCAAUAUUAAGAUUGGAAGCCAUAUAACUGGAGGAGACCUCUUUGGCCUUGUUCAUGAAAAUACUCUGGUUAAACAUAAAUUAAUGUUGCCACCUAAAGCUAAGGGAACAGUUGUAUUCCAAGCUCCACCGGGAAACUAUAAAGUUGAUGAUAUUAUAUUGGAAACAGAAUUUGAUGGAGAAAAGUCAUCAUUUACUAUGUUGCAAGUUUGGCCCGUACGUCAGCCACGCCCAGUCACUGAAAAGUUGCCUGCCAAUUAUCCACUUUUAACAGGACAACGAGUACUUGACUCUCUAUUUCCUUGUGUACAAGGUGGAACAACUGCUAUUCCUGGAGCUUUUGGUUGUGGAAAAACUGUUAUAUCUCAAGCUUUAUCUAAAUAUUCAAAUUCUGAUGUCAUUGUAUAUGUUGGUUGUGGAGAACGUGGUAAUGAAAUGGCUGAGGUACUUGGAGAUUUCCCAGAAUUGUCUAUUGAAGUUGAUGGUGUAACUGAAUCUAUCAUGAAAAGAACUGCUUUAGUUGCUAAUACUUCUAACAUGCCUGUAGCUGCUCGAGAAGCUUCAAUUUAUACUGGUAUUACUUUAUCCGAGUACUUCAGAGACAUGGGAUAUAAUGUAUCUAUGAUGGCUGAUUCAACAUCUCGUUGGGCUGAAGCUUUGCGUGAAAUUUCUGGUCGUCUCGCUGAAAUGCCUGCUGAUAGUGGUUAUCCUGCAUAUUUGGGUGCUCGUUUGGCUUCAUUCUACGAAAGAGCUGGUCGAGUAAAAUGUCUAGGUAAUCCUGAACGAGAAGGUUCAGUUAGUAUUGUUGGAGCUGUCAGUCCUCCCGGUGGUGACUUCUCUGAUCCGGUUACAUCAGCUACUUUAGGUAUUGUACAAGUGUUUUGGGGUUUGGAUAAAAAAUUGGCUCAACGUAAACACUUUCCUUCCAUUAAUUGGCUUAUUUCAUACAGUAAAUAUACAAGAGCUUUGGAUGAUUUUUAUGACAAGAACUUCCCUGAAUUUGUACCUUUAAGAACUAAAGUUAAGGAGAUUUUACAAGAAGAAGAAGAUUUAUCUGAAAUUGUGCAAUUAGUUGGUAAAGCAUCACUAGCUGAAUCUGAUAAAAUUACAUUAGAAGUUGCUAAACUAUUGAAAGAUGAUUUCUUACAACAAAACAGUUAUUCGCCUUAUGAUCGUUUUUGUCCAUUUUACAAAACUGUUGGAAUGUUACGAAAUACUAUUGCGUUUUAUGACAUGGCACGUCAUGUUGUUGAGUCAACAGCCCAAUCUGAAAACAAGAUCACUUGGUCUGUAAUCAGGGACAGUAUGGGCAAUAUACUUUACCAGUUAUCCUCCAUGAAGUUCAAGGACCCAGUUAAAGACGGCGAAGCUAAAAUCCGUGCUGACUUUGAUCAGUUAUAUGAUGACAUCCAGCAAGCCUUUAGGAAUCUGGAGGAUUAAAAGUAUUUUUCACAUUAAUAUAUCGUUAUUCAAAAACAAAACAAAAGUUUGUAAAAAAAAAAUAUAUAAUAUAAUAAAUUGUUGUUGUUUACUCCAGCUUAAGUAAAAUUAGCGCACAUCAUAGAAUGAAACUGUGGUGACGGAUGUAAGAUUCUUUUUGUUUUUAAACUUGUUGUUUAUGUGUGUCACCGUCAAAAAUUUUUUAUUAUUCAUUUUAUUCGUCAUUCCAUUCUUGUAGAUUUCUUUCACAAUAAGUGAACUAUUAUUUUAUAAUUUAAUUUUAAUUCGACAAUAAUCAACCAUACCAUGUGAAUUUUAUACAUUCAUUUCAAUUGAUCAUUAUUUAAAGAUAUAAAUACACUUUUUAUCAUGUAAAUAUAAAUUAUUUAUUAUGAAAUUGCCUACUAUAAUAAUAAUUUAAAAAAUAGUUGAAUCAGUACUAUUUUAAUUGUUUUUAUUUUUUGGCAAUACAAAAAAUUUAAAUAUUACAUUUUAAAAACGGUUUCCCGCCAUAUAAAAAAUAUAUAUAAGUAAUCUAAAUAAUUAUUGACAAUGUUUUUUUGGUUAGCUAAAUAUGGUUUUUCGUCAUGAAUGAUUGUUUUGUUGUUUUUAAUUAUAUUAUAAUUAUAUUAUAGUCUAUGAAUUAUAUUAAAUAAUGUAGGGGUUUAUUCUUAUGAAAGAGACCAUUAUAGUGUACUUGGUAAAUUUAAUAUUUGUAAAAUAUUAUUAGGUAAUCUGUUAUCAAUGAUAAUUAACAAAUACAUUCCAAAUUUAUUGUAAAA